CUCAGUGCGGCUGCGCCGGCCGGUAGCUGCAGCUGGAGCGGUGGCGUUUGGAGCAGACGCGACAGAACUUACAGAUAUCACCUCCGACGCUUAAUAGUUCUGCUGUAAUUUCUUGGAGAUAGGGUCUCUCUACAAAGCCCAAACUGACCGCCACCUCACAAUCCUCUUGCUUCCAUCUCUGGAAUGCUGGGGUUACAGAAACUGGAUGGCUUCUACAGGGAGCCAGGCCUCUGAUAUAGACAAGAUUUUUGGAUUCUUCAAUGAUGGCGAACCUCCCACCAAAAAGCCCAGGAAGCUGCUUCCAAGCUUGAAAACCAAGAAACCUCGAGAACUCGUGCUGGUGAUUGGCACGGGCAUUAGCGCUGCAGUUGCACCACAGGUCCCAGCCCUGAAAUCCUGGAAGGGGUUAAUUCAGGCCUUGCUGGACGCUGCUAUUGACUUUGAUCUUCUGGAAGACGAGGAAAGCAAAAAGUUUCAAAAGUGUCUCCAUGAAGACAAGAACCUCGUCCAUGUUGCCCAUGACCUCAUUCAGAAGCUCUCCCCCCGUACCAGUAAUGUUCGGUCCACAUUUUUCAAAGACUGUUUAUAUGAAGUAUUUGAUGACCUGGAGUCAAAGAUGGAAGAUUCGGGAAAACAGCUCCUUCAGUCUGUUCUCCAUCUGAUGGAAAAUGGAGCCCUAGUAUUAACUACAAAUUUUGAUAAUCUCCUAGAACUCUAUGCAGCUGACCAGGGAAAACAGCUUGAAUCCCUUGACCUUACUGAUGAGAAAAAGGUUCUGGAGUGGGCUCAGGAGAAGCGGAAGCUAAGUGUGUUACACAUCCAUGGGGUUUAUACCAAUCCUAGUGGCAUUGUCCUCCACCCAGCUGGAUAUCAGAACGUGCUCAGGAACACUGAAGUUAUGAGAGAGAUUCAGAAACUCUAUGAAAACAAGUCAUUUCUUUUCUUGGGUUGUGGCUGGACGGUGGACGACACCACUUUCCAGGCCCUGUUCCUAGAGGCUGUCAAGCAUAAGUCCGACCUAGAACAUUUCAUGCUGGUUCGGAGAGGAGAUGUAGAUGAGUUCAAGAAGCUUCGAGAAAACAUGCUGGACAAGGGGAUUAAGGUCAUCUCCUAUGGAAAUGACUAUGCUGAUCUUCCAGAAUAUUUCAAGAGACUGACAUGUGAGAUCUCCACAAGAGGCAGAUCAGCAGGGAUGGCAAGAGAAGGCCAGCUAAAUGGUUCAUCUGCAGCACACGGCGAAGUAAGAGGCUGUAGUACAUGAACAAGCUGGAGACAUCACCAUUAGACCACGCUAUGGGGCCUUCCUGUGGAUGUGUGUGACAAGCAAACAUACAAGAACUCAGAACAGCUCCCAGGAAGUACCAGUACCCUAAGUUGAAGCUUGGGGUAGACUAGGGGUAGCAGCAUUGCACCUUCCUUUCAUGCUGGCUGUUUCUUGAUACUGUUGCCUGGUUCAAUUUAAUACCCAGUGACAUCAGGACCCAAUGCAGCCCCUACCUACCCCAGGGCAGGACAUGCUUGUCUACACAGCAGACCAAUAUGAUGGCUCCUGGCUAUGGUUGGCAGCUCUGCAGGACUUGGGGAGCAAGAAGUCGUGGAGUCAGUAGGCUUGUGUUGCAGUUUUGUACUCUAUUUGGUUUUUUCAAUUGAGCUAUGGCUUUUUUAAAACAUGACUUGAAGCUCUAGUUUUCUAGAUCUUUUACAGUGUACAGUAUUUUACAUAACUGAGCUGUAUUAAAAGCUUGUUCAUUUA